AUAGAUGCCGCUGUAAUCGCCAACGUCAUUGAUUGACACGUAGAGCUUCUGUUAAAAAAUUUAGUUGGUCGCAAAAUUUGUGAAAAAAAAACUUAUUUAAAGUGUUCAACCUAAACACAUUACAAUGACCGAAGGACCGUGCUACACUAUAAUCAAUUCACCUGAAUUGAGUGAAGUUUACAAUGAAAUGAAAUUGAAGAAAGAUUUAGAACAACGCGAAGAUGAAAAUCUCCAAAUCGAAACAUUGAAAAAGGUUAUCAAACUACUUCUAAACGGUGAACGCCUUCCUGGAUUAUUGAUGACAAUCAUUAGGUUCGUAAUGCCGUCAUGCAAUCAUACCAUCAAAAAAUUACUUCUGAUAUUCUGGGAAAUCGUACCGAAAACAACACCGGACGGCAAGUUGUUGCAAGAAAUGAUUCUUGUAUGCGACGCAUAUCGGAAGGACUUGCAACAUCCGAAUGAAUUUCUUCGUGGUUCGACUCUCCGAUUUUUAUGUAAAUUAAAAGAACCAGAGCUUCUUGAGCCGUUGAUGCCGGUAAUUCGAGAUUGUCUCGACCAUCGUCAUUCCUAUGUGAGACGAAACGCUGUUUUGGCCAUUUUUACGAUAUUCAAAAAUUUCGAGUGGCUGGUUCCUGACGGUCCUGAAUUAAUAGCAAAUUUUCUGGAUUCGCAACAAGAUAUGUCAUGCAAACGGAAUGCAUUUUUGAUGUUACUCCAUGCCGAUCAAGAACGAGCCCUCAAUUAUCUGGCAUCGUGUCUGGAUCAGGUGAACAAUUUUGGCGAUAUCUUACAACUGGUCAUCGUUGAAUUGAUUUAUAAAGUGUGUCACGCCAAUCCUACCGAACGAUCGAGAUUUAUCCGGUGCAUAUACAAUUUGCUCAAUUCAUCAUCAAAUGCGGUUCGUUACGAAGCUGCCGGAACGUUGACAACAUUGUCGGCGGUACCAACGGCUAUUAAAGCGGCUGCCAGCUGCUACAUUGAACUGAUUGUGAAGGAGAGCGACAACAAUGUUAAGCUUAUCGUAUUGGAUCGACUGGUAGCAAUGAAGGAGAAUGAGAACAUGGAACGAGUGAUGCAAGAUUUGGUUAUGGACAUUUUGAGAAUACUUGCAGCACCUGACAUUGAAGUUCGACGUAAAACACUAACCUUAGCGAUGGACUUAGUAUCAUCACGGAAUAUCGAAGAAAUGGUGCUGGUGUUGAAGAAGGAGGUAUCGAAGACUCACAAUAUUGAGCAUGAAGAUACUGGAAAAUAUCGGCAGUUACUCGUCAAAACAUUACAUAGUUGCUGUAUUCGGUUUCCAGAUGUAGCAGCAACCGUAAUUCCAGUGCUCGCUGAAUUUUUGUCGGAUUCCAAUGAACAAGCGGCUUCUGAUGUUCUCAUUUUCAUACGAGAAGCGAUUCAGAAAUUCCCAAGUCUCCGGGGAUUGAUUACGGAAAAACUAAUCGAAUCUUUCCCAGCAAUUCGAUCAGUCAAAGUACAUCGAGCCGCUUUGUGGAUUCUUGGAGAAUAUGUAAACACAGCAAAAGAAGUUCUGCAAGUUAUAGAGGCAGUAAAUCAAGCAUUGGGAGAAGUACCAAUUGUUGAAGCGGAGCAAAGGAAAUUGUUGGGUGAAGCUGUUAACGACGAACACCGAGACGAUUCAACAAAACCAGCGGUAACUAAAGUUACUUCGGAUGGGACUUAUGCUUCUCAGUCAGCAUUUAGUGUUGUACCGAUUGUUAAAAAAGAGAAGAACCCACCCAUACGCCAGUAUUUAAUGGACGGUGACUUUUUCAUUGGUGCUGCAUUGGCUGCAAGCCUAACAAAACUUGUCCUGAAGUAUACUGCGCUUGAAUCAGACAACGUCUCCCGCAACCGUAUCUGUGCGUCGGUUAUGCUUACUUUAAGUUCAAUUGUUCAUCUGGGCCGAUCUGGAUUUGCAACAAAACCAAUAACCAAUGAUGAUGCCGAUCGGAUUUUCGUUUGUUUACGUACAUUGAGUGAACGGUCACCAGAAAUAACCGAAAUAUUCGAAAAAUCUUGUCGUGAUGCUUUAGCUAAGAUGUUGGAAGCUCAUUAUGAGGAAGAUCAACAAACACAAAAGGAUAAGCGGAACAAAAGUGCCAAAAUCCAACCAGAUGAUCCAAUUUCAUUCGCACAACUAUCAAAUGGAAAGGAAAAUGUAUUGGGUGAAAAUUUGUUCGAGUCUAGCUUAAAUCAGGCUUUAGCAGGAACCAAACCGACUACACUACUUGACAUCGCAUCUCCUAACAAUAAAUUGAACAAAGUGACUCAAUUAACAGGAUUUUGUGAUCCCGUAUAUGCUGAAGCGUACGUUCAUGUCAAUCAAUACGAUAUCGUCCUAGAUGUGCUUAUAGUCAACCAAACUGGUGACACUCUUCAAAAUUGUACGUUAGAAUUAGCCACACUCGGCGACUUGAAGCUAGUAGAAAGACCUCAUGCAGUCGUCUUGGCCCCUCACGAUUUUUGUAAUAUUAAAGCUAAUGUAAAAGUAUCGUCUACUGAGAAUGGAAUAAUCUUUGGAAACAUCGUUUACGAUACAUCAAGUACGAACAAUGUUGUUGUACUGAACACAAUACACAUUGACAUAAUGGAUUAUAUCAUUCCGGCCACGUGCACUGACACUGAGUUUAGGCAGAUGUGGCAAGAGUUUGAAUGGGAAAAUAAGGUUUCUGUAAAUACUACCAUAACCGAUCUUCAUGAUUAUCUAAAACAUUUACUGAAAUCCACGAAUAUGAAAUGUUUGACACCAGAAAAAGCACUUUCGGGUCAAUGUGGCUUUAUGGCCGCUAAUAUGUACGCCAGAUCUAUAUUCGGUGAAGAUGCGCUGGCCAAUUUAAGCAUUGAAAAAUCUUUGGAUGCACCUGACGCUACCGUAACAGGUCACAUUCGAAUUCGUGCUAAAAGUCAGGGCAUGGCACUGAGUCUGGGCGAUAAAAUUAACACUACCCAAAAAGCCGCACAGCAAAAAGUUACAGCUGCAUAAAUAACAAUUUAUUACAUUCUGUUGAGUUUCCGUAUUUUAAUCGUAGAUUUGUACUCAUCAUUUAAAACCAAUAAAUUUAGUUAGAAAAUAGCGGUAAAA